AUGUGCCCAUCCGAAAGCCGCAUCGAAGUUCCAUUUCGCGUCUCUAGGCCCCGUCGAGGUCGUGUUUCAGGCAGACAGCCAGUCUUUGAGGCCCUCCAAUUCCGACUCAGCGUCUGCGACCCAAACGUAAAGUUGGCAGACCCUCCUUCCGCUUUGCCUCGAUCGACGCAGCACUGUCGAGCCGAAGAGGGCUCAGCGACAGCACAAGUCCCGGUCUACAUGAGACCGGUCCGGUCCCGUGUCCAGCUUCUUAGUCGUCUCCUUGGGCACACGGAAGGCAGGAUGCCUCGCCGGCUUGAUGGCCUCUCUGGCGUUUAUGCUCUCCGUUUACUGCAGUUCACUGCCUCUAUUCCUCUUCCUCUAUGGCGUGGUUCCAGCUUAUUUCCAUUUCGAGCGAGAGUGUUGGGUGAAGAGAUUUGCAGGUCGGUUCCACCGGAAGACGAUGGGCUUUAUUGGAACAUUCAUGCCGACGCUGUUUCCGAGGCAAUCUCCUUCGACUACAAAAGUCAAGCUAACGACUCGAGAAAACUCUCCGGCAAAUUCCUCUUUGAUCAUCGAAACCCAACUUUUCUUCGCAUCUAA